UGUUUAACCAGUGCUGUGCUUACAAGAUAGGCUGAACUUCCCCAAAGUCUCAUUUUGAGGGUCAGCUGUUGUCAGCUCUGAAGCUGAAGUUCCUUCUGAGUAGACUUCUCACACUGCGGGACAGCUGUUUCCCGGUAAAGAGAGAGAGAGAGAGAGAAUAAAAAAUUGAAAGGAGAAGGGCACAAUGGUUGACAUCUGAAGACAAGUUCUGGAAAAAAAAAUCACUUGGAAGGAAGAGAAAAACAAUGGGGAAUGCUAUCAAACUACUGAAAACAGCACCUGAAGUGAAGAGUACACCUUGGCAAUCAGGUCAGAGAAGUGAUUUUCUUGCUGUACUCUAUGACUAUACCAUGCCAGAUGAAAGCCAGCCUAUAUUUCAAGUUGGGGAGAAACUACGCGUGAUAUCAGACGAGGGUAUCUGGUGGAAAGCUUGCUCCCUGACUACAGGAAAAGAAAAUUAUAUUCCGGAAAAUUGUGUUGCCAGAGUUUACCACGGCUGGUUAUUUGAAGGCAUCGGUAGAGAAAAAGCCGAAGAACUACUGCUCCUUCCGAAUAACAAAACGGGCUCUUUCAUGAUUAGAAAAAGCGAAUCCACAAAUGGUUUUUAUUCACUGUCAGUCCGGCACGUGAAUGUGAAACAUUACAGGAUCUUCCGCUUGCCAAACAAUUGGUAUUACAUCUCCCCUCGGCAAACAUUUCAGUGUCUCGAGGACCUCGUAAGCCACUAUUCUGAGGUGUCUGAUGGCCUGUGCUGUGUCCUCACAACUCCUUGCCUCACUCAACACACCGCUACCCACGAAGUAAGGACUCAAGAGCCCCCCGUGGUGAUGCGCAACAAAACCUUCAACUGGAAUCAUAAGCAAAGGUCCAGGGAAUGUGAUGAUGACAUUGUAGACAUGCUCGGAUUGGAAGACUCUGGCCUCAGCUACGGUCUCCGAAACAGCAUCGCCUCUUACCUUGCCCUAACUAUGGACGACAAUUCUUCUGCUGUGAGAAAGAAAGCCAAAAAGACCCAGUCUUUGGUCUAUUGGAGCAACCACCAAUCCCAACCCAACUUCCUGUAUCAUGAGGACUGAAUCUGAGAAAACCCAACUUGGGAGUUGCAAAUUAGCACUUUGAGUAGAUGUUGCUGCAUUCUUGAAAAUCUCAUCAUCAUCAUUUCUAGAUAACGAACAUCUCAUCUCCAAUCUCACAGAUGCCCUAAAUCUACCCAUAUUUAUAUUUAUUUAUGCGGAGGUGGUCCCUUGUAAAAUAUGGACUUUAUUCAGGUGUGAUCCUCAGACAGACCUGAAAACUAUGGCACAUGUGUGUAUCUUUAUGUAUAUACAUCUCUUGUGAUAUUAAAAUAUUUUAAA